ACGAUGAACGUCGGACUAAUCGAUGCUGUGAAAUCGACGGCGGGACAACUGGCGCACACGGUGAACUCGAAACUACUGGGUGGUCACAUUCCGCAGGACUGGCUGCCGCAGAGUUCCAACUCCUGCACCCCCGAUGACAUGAAGUUAAUCGACGCUGAACUGGGACUCUCUGAAGAGCACUUCUCAAGUCCAGAGGGGCUCUUUGGGUUUUCUACCAUCGAAGAACUAGAAACUGCAAUAGAGAAUUGCAAGGAGAUGAUACUUGAAUCUGAGGAGAACUCUGACAGACGCAAGAAGUUGGUUAUCAAACUAGUUCAGCUUAGGCAGAAACUUCAAGAGAUUAAGGAUGGCCCUCCAGACGAGCCCUCCACUGACGCUAAGAUGGUCAUGGAGCACCAGUUUGAACCACGGAUGUACGAACGUGCUCAGCAGUACUGUGAGAAGUGCUGUGGCAGUAUUUGGGGUGUACUCUACGGGUUUUAUCAGUGCAAAAACUGUAACUUCAAGUGCCACAACAAGUGCCUCAAUAGCAUCACACGGAGAUGUGCUUAUGCAAGGGCGCAUGAAAAGCCCGAAUUCACACUUGACAUCUGCCCAGAGCAGGGGCUAUCGGCACAGGGCUACCGAUGUGCAGAGUGCCGCCAGAAUGUGUUUCCUCGCUUUGUGGUGCUGGGCGAAGCCGCCAGUGUGCUCAUGCCCGCCGCCCUUCGCUCUCUGGCAGAGCAAGGGCAGCCCCGACGCUGCGAGUACACAGGGCGCUACUACUGCUCCCUGUGCCACUGGAACAGCCACACCAUAGUGCCUGCCCGCGUGCUCCACAACUGGGACUUCGAGCCCCGUAAAGUGUGCCGUGCAUCACUUCAGUUCCUCAGACUUAUGGUGCGAAAACCGAUCCUCAAUCUGGGCGAGCUCAACCCCAUGCUAUUCACCUUUGUCGAAGAUCUCGGCCAUGUCAAGAAGCUGAGGGAAGACAUCUUGCGCAUGAAGCAGUACCUAACACUGUGUCACGCCGCCCAGCAGCAGAAGCUGCUGCUCCUGCUGCACAAAAGGCAGCAUUUUGUCGAGGGCAGCCACAUGUACUCGCUCCAGGAUUUAAUUGAUCUCCACGAUGGGAACCUCUUGGGCUACCUGACCCAAGUUCACCAGGUCUUCUUUGACCACAUCACCAAGAGUUGCGAGGGAUGCCGAGGAAAAGGUUACCUGUGCAAGUUUUGCGACAGUGAGGAGGUCAUCUUUCCACUGGGAAACGACACAUUCACGUGCCCAGAGUGCUCUUCUGUUUACCACAAAGAGUGCAGAGAAAAGCGCCAGGAUCCGUGUCCCUGGUGCGAAUGGAAGACCCGCCAUCAUCAAACGAGCAGGGCACGAAGCGAAGAUGUUGAGCUGACGAAUCGAAACCAUGCUUUGGCGUAAUCUCAAUUUGUACAGACAGCCACAUAUAUGUAUUUAUUAUAAUGCACAUGCUUUUAAAAACUGCUUCUCCCGCAGGACUCAAUGUUGCCUAGAUCGCCUGAUUUUGCCGCAACAGAUGUGUAUACUAAACUGUUAAAACAA